UUAAAAAUCAGACGAUCGAUUUCAUCUACUCUGAUACUUUCCUCCAAAGUCUUGGUGUUUACCAACGUCGCCCUCACCAACAAAGCGAUGGAGUUCACAGCGCAGCACCUGAUCCAGUACAACGGCACCGACCCAUCGAAGCCCAUAUACGUGGCGCUCAAUGGCCGAGUCUUCGACGUCACGGACGGCAAGUCGUUUUACGGUCCCGGCGGGCCGUACGUGAUGUUCGCCGGAAAGGACGCUAGCAGGGCUUUGGCUAAGAUGACCAAGAACGACGAGGACAUCACCGCCUCCCUCGAGGGCCUCACGGAGAAGGAGAUCGGCGUCCUCGCCGACUGGGAGAAGAAGUUCGAAGCUAAGUACCCAGUUGUUGGCCGCGUCGCAUCUUGAAAAAGUCUCCGCCUUUUAUCAAAUUUAAGUGUUGGCUGUAUCUAACUUGAAGUGAAAUAAGUGCUUUUGGAAAAUCUGCUUCUGUGUGAUUUUGUACAAUGUAUCUGAUCUUGGAUGUUGUGUAUGUUUAGAUGCCAUGGAUGUGAAUAAAUAAUCAAAUAUUAUGGUUGGUGCAA